CAUCGAAAUAUCAUAUGUAUGACGAAUCACACAAGUGGCUGAUCAUUGGUCAUAAUUUAAAAGAAAGUUUGAAAAUCAUUGACGAUAGUACUUUUAAUAUCGCAACUGAUGUAAUUAUUGCUGAACCAUCAACUCGUGGUUACGUUUUAUACGAUGUUUAUAAUUUAUGCAAGGAUCAUAAUGGAUCCUUACAAACUGUAUUAUUUGGUACUUGGCAUAAAGAAACUGGUUUGUAUGUUACAUUGGUCAAACAUAAAUUUAGCAGAAGGGCAAAUCUUCAAGGAAUGACACUGAAUGUUGGUGUACUCGUAAAUCACAAAUUACCUAAUAUUCCAAUCGAAAAAUAUUUAUUGGAUUAUAAUAAAAAAUCGAAAGAUAGUCAUUCGAAAUUUAUGUAUGCAAUUUUGAUUCAUAUUGCUGAACUCUACAAUUUUACAAUGAAUAUUACGGAAAUAGAUCCAUGGCAAAAACGUGGUGGUAAUCGUGGACCAGUAUUUGCUGCAUUUGAAGAAGGUUUAAUAGAUAUUUGUGUAAAUCCAACAAUGAUUAUUACUGAAAGAUUAAAUUAUGGUGACAUUAUCGCUCCUGUCUGGCCUGUACGGACAUGUUUUUUAUUUCGUAUGAUAUCAUCUACUCAAUUACGAGCAACACAAUUCAUACGACCAUUAGCUAUUCGUGUAUGGUACGCCAUGUUAAUUAUAGUAGCUCUUACAGCAGUUAUUUUACUCAUUGUUUUAAGAAAAGAAGGUUUUCAUGAUUUUAUCGAACUCUGUGGGAUUUCGAUACUUUCUUCCAUGGGAGCUUUAUCGCAACAAGCGUCAGCUGUAAUUCCUUAUGGUGUAGCGGGUCGUAUUGCAUUUUUACAUAUCAUGUUCUUCAGUUUGUUAAUCUUCAAUUAUUAUUCAGCUAGUAUGGUAUCAAAUCGUUUAAAAAAUAUUGGAGAUAAAAUGAAUGAUUCAUUAAUUAGUUUAGCCAAUAGUAAUUUUAAAAUUGCUAUGGAACCUACUCAGUAUAUUAAGUCGUUAUUACAGGAACCAAAUUUGGAAGUAAGAUAUUUUUAUCAAAAUCGUUGGUUAAAGCUUUCUGAAUCAACAAGACACUUGUCAAUAGAGGAAGGAUUAAAUCGUGUAGCUCAAGGUGGUUUUGCUUAUCAUACUUUAACAGAAUCAGCUUAUCCAUAUAUUGAAAAAACUUUUGAAACUCGUAUGAUCUGCGAAUUGAUGGAAGUUCAUCUUCUUCGAACGACUUUAGGAUUAUGGAGCAGACAAAACAGUCCUUUCACUGAAAUCUUAAGAACUGGAUUUACGAAAAUGAACAAUGCGGGUUUACGAGAUCGUGAAUUGAAACGUUGGUCUGCUAGAAAACCUCGUUGUCCAUCAAACAUACUUAUAGCUGAAGCUAUAUCGAUUCAAGAAGCUGCCCCUGUUUUGUUAUUCUUAAUCGUUGGCAUGGUUUUAUCAUUGUGUGUAUGUGCCAUCGAAAAUAUCAUUUUUUGGUUUUGGUCUAAAAGGUAG